GCCAGGCAGCAGAGCCAGGGCUGGGCUGGCACUCACCCACGACCCCCCUUCCCUGCUUUGAUGGCCCGCCGGUAGCAGGUUCCAGACCCCCAGGGACAUGCGGGCAGGACGGGCGGCCGCCAGGUGCGCAGAGCCACAGGCGCUCUAGGGCACUCGGGGGGCAGCUCUGCCUGCUGCGUUUUCUGGUGCCUGGGGACAUGCCCAACUGACGGGCGAGCGGUGAGGACAAGAACGUUCUCUUGGGCCCCAGUCCGCUGCAUCCAUGGCGCUGCCGGCCAGUCUAGUGCCCCUGUGCUGCUUGGCACUUCUGGCGCUGCCGGCCCAGAGCUGCGGGCCUGGCCGGGGGCCGGUGGGUCGGCGCCGCUACGUGCGCAAGCAGCUCGUGCCGCUGCUCUACAAGCAAUUUGUGCCCAGCGUGCCGGAGCGAACUCUGGGCGCCAGUGGGCCCGCGGAGGGGAGGGUGGCAAGGGGUUCCGAGCGUUUCCGGGACCUGGUGCCCAACUACAACCCCGACAUCAUCUUCAAGGAUGAGGAAAACAGUGGCGCAGAUCGCCUGAUGACCGAGCGCUGCAAAGAGCGGGUGAACGCGCUCGCCAUCGCCGUGAUGAACAUGUGGCCCGGCGUGCGCCUGCGGGUGACCGAGGGCUGGGACGAGGACGGGCACCACGCCCAGGACUCGCUGCACUACGAGGGUCGCGCGCUGGACAUCACCACGUCCGACCGGGACCGCAACAAGUACGGCCUGCUGGCGCGCCUGGCGGUGGAGGCUGGCUUCGACUGGGUCUACUACGAGUCCCGAAACCACGUCCACGUGUCGGUCAAAGCCGAUAACUCCCUGGCGGUCAGGGCCGGCGGCUGUUUUCCGGGGAACGCCACGGUGCGCCUGAAGAGCGGCGAGCGGAAGGGGCUGCGGGAGCUGCACCGCGGGGACUGGGUGCUGGCGGCAGACGCGGCGGGCCGGGUGGUGCCCACGCCCGUGCUGCUCUUCCUGGACCGGGACCUGCAGCGCAGGGCCUCCUUCGUGGCUGUGGAGACCGAGCGGCCCCCGCGCAAGCUGUUGCUCACGCCCUGGCACCUGGUGUUCGCAGCUCGGGGGCCGGCACCCGCGCCCGGCGACUUCGCCCCGGUGUUCGCGCGCCGGCUGCGCGCUGGGGACUCCGUGCUGGCGCCGGGCGGGGAUGCGCUUCGGCCGGCGCGCGUGGCCCGAGUGGCGCGGGAGGAAGCCGUGGGCGUGUUCGCGCCGCUCACAGCUCACGGGACGCUGCUGGUCAACGACGUCCUGGCCUCGUGCUACGCGGUCUUGGAGAGUCACCAGUGGGCGCACCGCGCUUUUGCUCCUCUGCGCCUGCUGCAUGCGCUGGGGGCGCUGCUGCCGGGAGGGGCCGUCCAGCCCACGGGCAUGCAUUGGUACUCCCGGUUCCUCUAUCGCUUGGCCGAGGAGCUGCUGGGCUGAGCGCUGCAGGCCAGGCAACCUCCAGCCGCCCCUCCUCGAAAAGCUGGGCCUGCAGGCAGAGAUCCGGGGAUGUGGGCAGCUGACGAUGCUGAU